AUGUCUUACGCUCCUGAAAUCAAGAUCCAGCACCGAAUCGCCCUACGGGGGGACACGAUCCUGACCAGUCCUCGAUGGAACAAGGGCACCGCGUUCACAAUCGAGGAACGCAAGGCAUUCGGACUCACAGGACGCCUGCCAUUCAGGGUGAACACGCUCGAGGAGCAAUGUGACAGAGCCUACCAACAGUACUUGUCUCGUGAGGCGCCGCUGCGGAAGAAUACGUUCCUGCAGAGCUUGAAGGAGCAGAAUUGGGUGCUGUAUUACGCGCUGCUCUCGCGACAUUUGCAGGAGAUGACGCCGAUCAUCUAUACGCCGACUGAGGCAGAGGCAAUAUCAAACUACUCUCACCUGUUCCGUAGGAGCGAAGGUGUUUUCCUCACAUACCCUCUUCGCGAAUCCUUGGAAGAAGACUUCCUAGCCGAGACGAAGGGCCGUCAGAUUGACUUGAUUGUUGUCUCGGAUGCAGAGCAGAUAUUGGGCAUCGGUGAUCAAGGUGUAGGGAUCGCCACGGCGAAAAGCGCUAUAUACACUCUCGUUGGAGGAGUAGAUCCAGCGAAGGCCCUUGCCGUCACCCUUGACGUAGGGACGAAUAACAAGGAUCUCUUAGAGGACAGGCUAUAUGUAGGCUGGCCUCAUGAGCGGAUUCGUGGCCAGGAAUAUGAUAACUUCAUCGACAGAUUCGUGCAACUCGUCCGAAAACACCACCCACACUGCCUGCUUCAUUUCGAAGAUUUCGGGGUGACAAACGCGAAGCGGCUACUUGACAAAUACCGCGACACGCAUGCGGUGUUCAACGACGACGUACAAGGAACCGGUGCAGUCACGCUUUCGUGCAUCAUGUCCGCCGUGGGUGUGACGAAGUCCAGGCUCGCCGACCAGCGUUAUGUCAUCUACGGCGCGGGCUCUGCAGGACUCGGCAUCGCGCGCCAGCUCCGAGACGGCAUCGUGGACAUCGACGGCGUGGACAAAGACACCGCAAACAAGCAGUUCUACCUCCUCGACAAGCACGGGCUCCUCAAAGAGUCCCUCGGUCCCGAGAACAUCCGCGACGGCCUCCGCGAAUUCGUUCGCCCUGACGCCGAGUGGGCCGACGUCCCCAUCUCCAACCCGAACGGGGAAGUCGGUCUGCUCGAGGUCGUGAAGAGGGUCAAGCCCACGGUGCUCAUCGGGUGCUCGACGCAGGGCGGGGCGUUCACCGAAGACAUCGUGCGCGAGAUGGCGAAGGGGACCGAGCGGCCGAUCAUCCUUCCGUUGUCGAACCCGAGCAGGCUGCACGAGGUCGCACCACAGGACGCGAACGAUUGGACGGACGGGAAGGCGCUCCUCGCCACGGGAAGCCCGUUCCCGCCCUGCAGGCAGCCGAACGGCAAGGACUACGUUGUCGCAGAAUGCAACAACGCGCUCAUCUACCCAGGGCUCGGGCUCGGAGCGAUACUCUCCAAGGCGCGCACGCUGACGGACAGUAUGAUCAUCGCGGGCGCGCGCCGGCUCGCAUCGCUCUCGCCCGCGCUCAAGGACCCGGACGAUGCGCUCCUGCCCAAUUUCGAGGAUGCCCCGAGCGUGAACUACGAGGUCGCGAUUGCAGUUGUCGAGCAGGCGAUCGCGGAGGGGAACGCGGGCGUCGAGUGGGGCAAGGAUGAGGUGAGGGACAGGGUCGCGGAGGCGCGCUGGAAGCCGGUGUACGGCGAGUACGUCUAUGAUCCGGAAGGAGAGACGUGA